AUGUCCUUUGUGACGCCUGACUACAAAAGCCCUACACACAUUCGAAGCAGAAUGGUCCUCGACCGCGUCUCGUGCACACGUAUCAUCCCAAGAAACUUCUCAAAGCACAUUUCCACAGCUACUCUCCACCCAACAACAACAGCAGCAAUCACCCACCCAGCAAUCCUCAAAACAAAAGACAGUCCUCCCACCAACACCACCAAAAUGUGCAAAUACUGUUUUCACCACAUCCUAACCGCAACAGACAUCUCCGACCUCACUAAAGCCUACCAGACCGCCCAACGCGUCUACCCCGACCGCACCCUUGCCCAACAGCUCGCCGUGAUCGCGCGCGAGUUCCAGGAAGUCUACGAGAUGACCCGGGGCACUAAGAGCAAGAUCGGGCGUGGGAGCGCGGUGGCGGGUCUGCCACAGAACUGGGACUGGCGCAAGCUGGGACAGAUCUUGAAGGAGCAUGGGCUGCCGCUUGAGUUGCCGCAUUUUAAGGGGUUGUAG